AGUUGUGUUUCUGCAAGGGAAAGUACCGCAGACUCUGAAAGUUACUUUAUGAAAUUGGGUAGGGCCACUCAGGGAUGAACUCUAAAUGGAAACUGCGGCGAAAUCGGUCCUGGGCGUAAAGCAGCUGGUGGCGAGCGGAAGACGACAUUCUCUGUUCCGGAACGAAGGCCUAGCACACAGGCUGUUUCUGGGAGGCCCGUAGUCGUUGCACCACCGUGCCCCGCCCCUCGCGCAGCCACGUCUCCGCUGGAGCAGUCGGGCUGGGCGGCUGCCGCGGCUUCCGCAGCGUUAGGGUAUUAUGAUAUUAGUUGGCUGGACAUCAAGCUGCCUGUGAAUCUUUAAUUCUUACCUUGAAAAUGGAAAACAUGGUGGGGCCCUCUUUGGGAACUCUUGGCUGUUGCUGAUGGCAGAAACCGAGCUCAUCUGCAGUUCAUGCACACUUUGGUGUUGACCCAGCCUGGGUUGUUCUGACCAUGGACGGUGCAGCAACUGAGCAGGAUGGCCUCUUGGAGGAUGGACCCAGCAGUGGUGCUUCAGCGCUCCCUGAGGCACCCCUAGAGCCCCAGAGCUCACUGGCACUGCCUAAUAUGUGGGACAAGGCCCAAUGUACCAGUGUUGAGGCCAACGGAGCUUCCAAGGAAGGGGAAAGCCCACGUGAACCUGGCCAGGGAGGCCUCUGUCAGAAUGGGCCAACAUUGGAGCUCCCAGACCCAUCACUGUCUCUCGAUCCCACCACAAACCCAGUGGGUCCAGAUGCCUCUCCAGGUGUGGCUGAUUUCCAUGACAACCUAAGGAAGUCUCAGGGACCUAGUGCUGAGGGCAGUGUUAGAAAAGAAGCUUUGCAGUCUCUCAGACUCAGUCUUCCUAUGCAAGAAACGCAACUGUGCUCUACAGAGUCUCCACUGCCCCUGGAAAAGGAGGAGCAGGUCCGACUUCAGGCUCAAAAGCAGCUGGAAGAGCAGCUCAAGCAGUACAGAGUGAAGCGUCAGCAGGAGCGGUCCGGUCAACCUUCAACAAAAACAAGACUUUUUAGCACACUUGAUCCUGAACUCAUGCUAAACCCAGAACACUUACCAAGGGCCAGUACUGUGGCUAUGACAAAAGAAUAUUCCUUUCUGCGCACCAGUGUCCCUCGGGGGCCUAAGGUGGGCAGCUUAGGGCUCUUGGCACAUCCUAAGGAGAAAAAAAGUUCAAAAUCAAGCAAAAUUCGAUCUCUGGCUGAUUACAAAACUGAAGGCUCAGAUGUCGGAAGUGCUGGUAGAAAUAUUUCAGCUACCGACUCUCGCAUGGGUUCCCUGAAGCAGAGUAGAAGCAGUGCAUCAGUUGUGUCUGAAAUCAGCCUGUCUCCUGAGACCGAUGACCGUCUGGAGAAUGCUUCAUUAACUGGAGACAGCGUGUCCGAGGCUGAUGGAAAUGAGAGUGACAGUUCAUCACACAGCAGUGUCUCUACUCGUGGGACAUAUGGUGUUCUGGUGAACACAAUUGGCAUACAGGAAACUUCCUAUGUGGUAAAUGGCCAGGAGAUUGCCGUGGGUGCUUUGGGCCAGUACCCCUCCAUUAAGGAUGUCCUCCAGGCCGCAGCAGCUGAGCACCAAGAUCAAAAGAGAGAAAUCAAUGGGGACAUGCAGAGUCGGAGAAACAGCAUCUGCAGCAGUGUUUCUGUGGAAGGCUCUGCUGCCGAGACUCAGGAUGAAAUAUUGCAGGUUCUCAAAGAAAAAAUGAGACUCGAAGGACAGCUGGAAGCUUUAUCAUUAGAGGCUAGUCAGGCACUUAAGGAAAAGGCGGAGCUGCAGGCACAGCUGGCGGCCCUCAGCACCAGACUGCAGGUACAGGUGGAGCACAGCCAGACCAGCCAGCAGCGGCAGGAUUCCCUCAGCCUGGAGGUGGAUACCUUGAAGCAGUCCUGCUGGGAUCUGGAGCAGGCUAUGACCGACCUGCAGAAUAUGCUGGAAUCCAAAAAUGCCAGCCUGGCAUCCUCCAAUAGUGACCUGAAGGUGGCAGAGGAACAGUACCAGAGGCUUGUGGCAAAAGUAGAAGACAUGCAAAAGAGCAUCCUCAGUAAGGACAACACAGUGCAUGAUCUUCGACAGCAGAUGAUAGCCUUGCAAAGCCAGCUGCAGCAGGUGCAACUGGAACGUGCGACACUGACCAGCAAGCUGAAGGCUUCACAGGCAGAAAUCUCAUCCCUGCAGAAUGUCCGGCAGUGGUACCAGCAGCAGCUUGCCCUAGCACAGGAGGCCCGAGUCAGGCUGCAGGGUGAGAUGGCCCACAUCCAGGUUGGACAGAUGACCCAGGCAGGCCUCCUGGAGCACCUAAAACUUGAGAAUGUGUCUCUAAACCAUCAGCUGACAGAAACACAACACAGGUCCAUCAAAGAGAAGGAGCGCAUAGCUGUCCAGCUUCAGAGCAUCGAGGCUGAUAUGUUGGAUCAAGAAGCAGCCUUUGUGCAGAUCCAAGAGGCGAAGACGAUGGUAGAGGAAGACCUCCAGAGGAGACUGGAGGAGUUCGAAGAUGAGAGGCAACGGCUACAGAGGGUAGCAGCCUCAGCAGUAUCCUUGGAGCAACAGUUAGAGCAGGUUAAGCUGACUUUGCACCAGCGAGACCAGCAGCUGGAGGCUUUGCAGCAGGAACACCUGGGCCUGCUGAAGCAGCUCACCUCAACACAGGAAGUGCUGCGGACCAGGGAGCAGGCCCUCGAUGGCCUGCAGACACACUUCGAUGAGCUGCAGGCCAGGCUGGGGGAGCUGCAGGGGGAAGCAGCCUCCAAAGAGGACACAAUCCGCUUCCUGCAGAAUGAGAAGAUUGUCCUGGAGGUGGCUCUGCAGGCGGCUAAGAGCAGCAAGGAGGAAUGUGACAGAGAAGCAAGACGCUUAGAAGAAGGUACUGAGGAAACAUCUGGAAUUUUAGAGCAGUUGAGAGAAGAAUUAGCCAUCAAGUCCAGCCAGGUGGAGCACCUGCAGCAGGAGACUGCCACUCUGAGAAAGCAGAUGCAAAAAGUAAAGGAACAGUUUAUUCAACAAAAGGUGAUGGUGGAGGCCUACCGGCGGGAUGCCACCUCUAGAGACCAGCUUGUCAGCGAGCUGAAAGCCACAAAGAAGGGGCUGGACACGGAGGUGAAGGGGCUGAGGCAAGAGCUGCUGAAGCUUCAUGGAGAGAAGAGAGCCGCAGAGUUGGAGCACUCGCGCCUGCAGAAGGAGGCAUCCCAGGCCCAGCAGCAGGCGAUGGAUCUUGAAGGGCAUCUCCAGUCAGUGCAGAAGGAGCGGGAGGAGAUGGAGGCGCAGCUGCAGUCUUUGCAGUUCAACAAGGGGCAGGUGGUUGCCCUCAUGGAGGCGAAUGAGGUGCUCAAGAAACAAAUUGAAGAGCUGCAGCAGGAGGCCAGGAAGUCCAUCACAGAUCAGAAGCAGAAGAUGAAGCAACUUGGCUCAGAUCUCACCAGUGCCCAGAAAGAGAUGAAGACCAAGCACAAGGCCUAUGAGAACGCUGUGAGCAUCCUCAGCCGCCGCUUGCAGGAGGCCCUCACUGCCAAGGAGGCUGCUGAUGCAGAGCUGAGCCAGCUCAGAGCCCAGGGCACCACCAGUGGUGGCAGCGACCUUGCUCUACAUGAAAGGAUCCAGGCCCUGGAGGUGGAGCUUCAGAGUGUCAGCCAUAGCAAGGUGCUGCUGGAGAAGGAGCUGCAGGAGGUCAUUGCGGCAACUGGCCAGGAACUGGAGGAAGCCCAGGAGAAGGUGCUGGAGCUAGAGGACGAGCUCCAGGAAUCCAGAGGCUUCAGGAGGAGGGUCAAGCACCUGGAAGAGUCCAAUGAGAAGUUGGCUCUCGAACUGGAACAUGAGAAAGGGAAGCUUAUGGGCCUUGGGCAGUCCAACGCGGCUCUGCGGGAGCAUAACAGCAUCUUAGAAAGAGCUCUGGCCAAGAGGGAGGCAGACCUGGUCCAGUUCAAUCUGCAGGUCCAGGCAGUUUUGCAGCGCAAAGAAAAGGAGGAUCGCCAGAUGAAGCAGCUUGUGCACGUCUUGCAAGCCUCACUAGAGAAAGAAAAGGUGAAAGUCAACAGCCUCAAGGAGCAGGUGACUGCUACCAGGGUAGAAGCUAGUCAUAACCGCCGCCACUUCAAGGCAGCUACCUUGGAGCUAAGUGAGGUGAAGAAUGAGUUGCAGGCUAAGGAGCACAUGGUGCAGAAACUGCAGGCUGAGGCCGACAGCCUCCGGUUUCAGGAGGGGAGACAUUCCCAGGAAGUCGCACAAUUCCAAGUGGAGCUGGCUGAGGCCCGGGCGCAGCUGCAGCUCCUGCAGAAGCAGCUGGAUGAGCAACUGAGCACACAGCCCCUGGGAAAUCAAGAGGUGGAAAAUCUCAAAUGGGAUGUGGAUCAAAGAGAGAGAGAAAUCCAGUCCUUGAAGCAACAAUUGGACUUGACGGGACAGCAGGGCCGGAAGGAGCUGGAAGGAACACAGCAGAUGUUGCAGAGUCUCAAGUCUGAGUUAGAGAUGGCACAGGAAGAUCUGACCAUGACCCAGAAGGAUAAAUUUAUGCUUCAAGCCAAAGUGUCAGAACUGAAGAACAACAUGAAGACUCUGCUUCAGCAGAACCAGCAGCUUAAGCUGGACCUCCGCCGUGGUGCAGCCAGGACGAGAAAGGAGCUGAAAAGCGAGGCUAGCCCUUCCAGCCCUGCCACACCCAUCAAGAUCCCUGACUGCCCUGUCCCUGCCUCGCUGCUGGAGGAGCUGCUACGACCACCACCUGCCGUGAGCAAGGAGCCCCUCAAGAACCUCAACACCUGUCUCCAGCAGCUCAAGCAGGAAAUGGACAGUCUGCAGCGCCAAAUGGAGCAGCAUACCAUCACCGUGCAUGAGUCCCUGUCCUCCUGGACCCAGGGAGAAGGCCACCUCUUAGAUCCAGCCACUGCUGGCCCUACCAUUCUAGGGGACCAUGCCAACCCCAGGGGUGACAAUGCAGAAACACAGUCAGAAUAGGGCUUCCAAAGAAGGACCAGGGCAGUGACUGCUGCAGCUUCACCUCCAAGUGUGUACCUGUGUGAAGGAAUAUUCUUUUACCAAUGUUAUUUAUUUGAUUCUGUGUUCUAUGUUUUUCUAAGAAAUGAAAUUUAAGUUUUGCUUUUGCCUUUAACAAGGAGUAAAAUAACAGAAUGAGAGCCAAGGAUUAGAGAAAUAGUCAUUUGAAGAUCACAAUUAACUUUUCCUGUGAAACAACCAAAUCUUAGAAACCUAGUUCAGAUCUUGGUAAGGAAAUUUUGAUUGUCUCUGAAGGGUUAUUUGCAGAAGCCGGCAUCUUCUAAGUGACAGCAGCCAGUUACUGGUAGAAACUGCAAGACAAAGUCUGUGGCACCAGCACUGGACACAGUGGGGUGUAGCUCACAGUCCUGCUCCAUUCAGUAGAGCUUUACUUUCCCACAGAAACGAAAUUUUAUUUAAAUUUUAUUUGCACUUUUGGCUUUUUAUUUUAUUUUUCAAUAACCAUCCCACCAUAGGAUAUGUACAUACAUACUGAAAAUUGUAAUCUAAUCUCUAAGAAGUAUAUGCUCACAUAUUUAAAAAUGAUCUAUUUGUCUUUUUAUUGAUUGCCAUUUGAAAAUUUGCUGUAAGGAGAUGAUGUUCACGUAGGAUUUAGCGAUGUCAGUCAGAAAAUUUUAUAUUAAGAAAUGUAAUUAUUUACCUUCUGAAACCAAAUAUUCUUACACAAAAAGGGUUCUUUGUUGCUUUGUUUUACUUUAUUUCUAGAGGGUCUUUCCUUUCAGGCCUGAUGGCUAUCAAGAGGCACAGGGACACUGAGGUCUCCAUGUGCUGACCUGACGUUUGGGACAUGCAAGGAGAGGCCAGAGUGGAAGAGAAGGCAGAAGAGGAAGGGAAAGUAGGCCAGGGGCUGCCUGCAGGGUUUUCUUUGGUUUCCACUUUGAACCUAAACAAUUUACAGCGUGUAGGGCAGCCUAACAAGCCAUUCUCCAAGGCUCAUGCUUUUGUGCCCCAGUGAAAUCUUCCCCAGGGCCUGUGCGAAUGCUUUUAUGGUGUCAUCAAAUCCUCAGUCCUCUGUGGUUACAGUGGCAUCACUGGAGCACGGAGGCAAUUUCCAGAAGAGCCAGGCCAGCAGCACCCCAAGGAAGGCGACUGUGCUCCCUGGAAGUGCCUCGUAGACAGGUGUGUGAGAUUCGCGUUUCUCACCUAAAAUACUGAAAUACCGCAGGCACUGAUUGACUAGUUUACUAAGGAAAUCUGAAAUAAUAUUUAUUUUCAUAUGUUAGGGGGAGACCAAGAAAGAGACACAGGGUCCACAUGGCCCCUCUGAGUGUCACUGGCCACUCCAGAUGUGCCACGUCUGCUCUGUGGAGAAGCAGUUUGUGUUCUCUUGUAAUAUACUAUUAGAAAGUUAAUGGACAAGGUUACGGUGACAUUAACCACAAAGAUGUUUAGGGUUUUAAAAAUAUUCCAUAGCAAGUGUUUGAACUUCUAAAAUAUGUAUAUCAUUUGUACAGGGUUAAUUUUGAAAUAAUACUUGAAAAUUUCAUUAUAAAUGUCUCUAGCUUUUUAAGUUAGAAAUUGUUUUUGACUAAAUUGUUUUGUACCAUUAGGAAAAGAAACGCUAACAUAUAUUCUUAUUUAUUUUGGCUGUAUUAUCCUUUGUCUUAAUUUUAAAACGAAGAAAUAACACCUCAGACUUAUUCUGUGGCAGAGCUGCUUUCUCUUUGCAUAUAAAAAGUCUUCAUGGGGGUGAUGUUCAUGGUGUAGUUUUUUUCUCUUGGAUAAACUAAUUUUGAAUAUAUUAAUCAAGUGAAAGCAGAUCUCUAUUCCUCAGGCCUUUUUCUCCGUUUAGCUGUCCUGCAUGUGCACACACCUGUGUACAUGUAUACUUUUGUGUGUACACGUGCAUGUAUGUGUGCCUGAAAGUGUGUGUGUGUGCAUGCCCUGAGAAUUGGCACCUCUCUUGGUUUUCUGUGUCUCCCUGGGCCAGUUUGUCACUGGGGUCCAGAAGGUACCUGUCUCUGUUCCCCAUCUGCAGUGUGAGCCUCUGUUUGCUCCUGCAUUUUUGCACAUGGUCUGGGGCUCUGGGGCUGAGGCUUCUUGUGUUCAAGCUAACACUGCCUUUGGGCCUCCUUAAGUAGUUACCUUAAAGAGGGAGUUGGAUUUUUAAAUUACCUACUUUUUUGUCUCUAAGGGGUUCUCCUGGUUCUCCUACCUCUCAGAGGUAGAUUCUUCAGUGAAUGAAGUUUGAAUUAUUCUUGUGGAAUAUACUCAUGGAACAUACAAGUCAAGUCUGGAGCAUUACUUUGUAAAACAGGGUCACCACUGUGUUGUGUCUGUGCGUGUGACCCAUCCCCACACUGUCAUGUCCCACUGCAGGGAAUUUUGGCUUGGGCACUUCAUGUCAUUAUCUGUUUUUUUUUUUUUAAUCUAUUUUUCUUAUGUUCCAAAAAAAGUUAUUGCGUGUGAUUUUCAUUGAUUUUUCCAUGGUGCAUGUCAGAUGCCACGGACCUUAUCAACUUAUAAACCUUCAUUUUACUUUUUGGAGUAUGUUAUCACACAAUGUUUUUGAUAGGAUAUGAAUCUGAAUCCCCUCAGCCUGGCCUAGGAAUGGUACCUGCCAAGACAGGCCUUGAAGGUGCACUGCAUCAGAAAGUUUGCAAUAAAUUUAUCCUCAGUUUGAAAUCUUACUUUACUUGGUAUAAGGACACUGCAAAAGCUGUGGGCUUGCACAGUCCAUGAGGUAUAUUCCUAAUUCCAAGAAUACGUGGUUUUUUUGUUUUGUUUUGUUUUGCAGUUUUUGUCUGGGGCCAGGUUUGAACCCACCACCUCUGGUAUAUGGGGCUGGUGCCCUACUCCUUUGAGCCACAGGUGCCACCCAAAGAAUAUGUUUUUUAACAGAAAUUAAAUGUCACGUGUAAAGAUUCUACGAGUGAAAGGGACCAGCAUACAUUUCACGUUUUAAGAAUGAAAGAGAAAUGGAGCCUUCCUUUCAAGGACUCCCUCAUGUUACAAACAAUGCUGUGAUAUGAGACAUUCUGAGUCUUACUAACAAGUGAAUCUCAUUAUGUGGUGGUCUCAGGUUAUAAUAGGAUCCUUGAGGGUAAUGUGAGAAGGUCUAGAAAAUUCAAUGGUUUUUUAGGUUACUUAUUUCUAUUAAAAAUUUCCUCACAAAAGAAUCCUCAAGUUGUGGCAUUCAGGGGAAAGGUGUGACCAUGUAUAACAAAUUGUAACUUUAAAAAGCAUGUUGAUUUUUUUUUUAUAUGAACUUAAGUGUGCUUGGGAAUUCCUUAAAUUUUGUGCAAUAAACUAUUUUUUGUAAAG